AAAUAGCUGCGAUCUCUGCUCGGGCAGCAAUAGUCUGUUAUUCUCUCCCUCCGCUACACACAUGUCGCAAUACAAGUAUUUAACAGGUUUUGGCGGCCAUUUCUCGUCAGAGGACGAACGCUGUCCAAACUCCCUGCCAGUGGCGCAGAAUUCGCCACAGCAGUGCCCCUAUGGACUCUACGCGGAGCAGUUAUCCGGUUCCGCAUUCACUGCGCCACGUUCUGAAAAUGUGCGAACUUGGCUUUAUAGGAAGCUGCCCAGUGCCGUUCACAAGCCUUUUCAACCGUUUAGCGGUGCAAAAUAUUUGAGCAACAAUUGGGGUGAGCAGCCUCCAAAUCCUAACCAGAUGCGCUGGAAACCAUUUGAUAUACCGGCACGGGAUCAAAAAAGCCUUACAUUUGUUGAGGGACUUCACACGGUUUGCGGUGCCGGCGAUAUAAGAGCACGGCACGGCUUGGCCAUCCACAUCUACCUAUGCAAUGUGUCUAUGGACGACUCUGCAUUCUACAACAGCGAUGGCGAUUUUCUCAUAGUGCCACAAGAGGGCAUUCUGGACAUAACAACCGAGCUUGGGCGAAUGACGGUGGCCCCAAAUGAAAUCUGUGUCAUUCCUCAAGGCAUACGGUUUGCCGUAAGAGUCAAGUCACCGAGUAGAGGUUACAUACUUGAGGUUUUCGAUGGACAUUUCUGUUUGCCCGACCUGGGUCCUAUUGGGGCAAAUGGUCUAGCCAAUCCAAGGGACUUUGAAACACCAGUUGCUUGGUUUGAUAAUACGGAUUUUAAGGAGUUUCGCGUGAUUUCCAAGUACCAAGGCAGCCUGUUUGAGGCAGAACAGGAACACACUGUUUUUGAUGUAGUUGCCUGGCAUGGCAAUUAUGUGCCUUACAAAUACGAUCUAUCGAAAUUUAUGGUAAUUAAUUCGGUUAGCUUUGAUCACUGCGAUCCCAGUAUUUUUACGGUGCUUACCUGCCCGAGCUUAAGGCCGGGUACUGCCAUAGCCGAUUUUGUUAUCUUCCCUCCGCGCUGGUCUGUCCAGGAGCACACUUUCCGUCCGCCCUAUUAUCACAGGAAUUGCAUGAGCGAAUUCAUGGGUCUCAUACUCGGCCGCUACGAAGCCAAGGAGGAGGGCUUUGCUGCCGGUGGUGCUACUUUACACUCGAUGAUGACUCCGCAUGGUCCUGAUGCCAAAUGCUUUGAUGGUGCUUCGAAUGCUGAACUUAAACCUGAACGCAUUGCCGAGGGAACACAGGCAUUUAUGUUCGAGUCGUCACUUAGUUUGGCCGUUACUAAAUGGGGCGUCGAGACGUGCCAGAAAUUAGAUGCUCAGUACUACGAAUGCUGGCAGGCGCUUAAAAAUAACUUUAAAAUCGACAAUUGAUGGGUUACAGUCGGUUGCAGACAGUGGAGCAUGGGUUACGGGUUAACAACGCUUACAUUUAUUUAAGUAUUUUGCGAUAAAAAUGUCCGAUAGACAUUAAUAAAUGUUUAGGUUAGAACCGUG